AUGGCCUGCCAGAUUGCAAAUGUGCAACUUGAUCAUUUGGAGGAAAUUGGUGCUGAAUGGGGGUUGUCCUUUGGUGACUUAGACACACAAGGUGUUGAGUGUCGCUUUCACAAAUGCUUGGACAGCAUACUCGGAGGGGCGGAGACUCUGCCUCUUUCUGGCGCUCGUGUGGCUGGAUGCUUGCACAUUCCUUAUGUUCUGCAGGACCAUUCAAACUGCGUUUUGAUCGAGACAUUGACUGCUCUCGGCGCUGAAGUCACCUGGUCAUCUUGCAGUCUUACUGCCUUCCCUGGUGGCAAGUCAUUGAACAUGAUUCUUGACGACGGUUGUGAUCUUACCACCCUUGUCCACGAAAAAUUCUUGCAAUACCUGAAGGACAUCAAAGGUAUUUCUGAGGAGACUACCACGGGUGCCCACCACCUGUACAAGGCUUUCCAUGAAGGCAGGUUGAAGGUCCCAGCCAUCAACGUCAACGACUCUGUCACGAAGUUCAAGUUCGACAACUACUAUGGAUGCCGGGAAUCUCUUGUCGAUGGUAACAAUUGUGCCACUGAUGUCAUGCUUGCUGGCAAGGUUGCCAUUGUUGCUGGUUACGGUGAUGUCGGAAAGGGAUGUGCUGAAUCACUGCGUUCAUACGGCGCGCGCAUUCUCGUUACGGAAAUUGACCCCAUCAACGCCCUGCAAGCUGCGAUUGCUGGUUAUGAGCACUUCUCGGUCAUGCCUGAGGAUGCUAUUGUUUGCAACAUCAAUCACUUCAAUGUUGGGAUCGAUGUUGCAUGGUUGAAGGCCAAUGCCAAGCAGGCUGUCAAUGUAAAGCCUCAGGUUGACCGCUUCACAAUACCUUCUGGUCGUCACAUCAUCCUCCUCGCUGAGGGUCGUCUCGUAAACUUGGGUUGUGCCACCGGCCACCCGUCCUUCGUCAUGUCCUGUUCCUUCGCGAACCAGGUGUUGGCCCAGAUUGCUCUUUGGACCACCCCAGGGAAAUUCCCUCUCGGUGUUCACAUGCUGCCCAAGGAGCUGGACGAGGAGGUUGCUCGUGCUCACCUUGCUCAACUCAAUGUCAAGUUGACUGAGCUCAGUACCGAGCAGUCCGAGUAUCUUGACAUCCCUGUCCAAGGUCAAAUCAAAGCUUCGCACUACAGGUGUACCUACCGAUUGCACGCAUAA